GUGUUGUCUCUUUCUCUCUUUUAAAACAAAAAAACACACACACACACACACGUCCUCCCAAUUGGAUAGUGUAAAUCGGUGUUGUGUGUCUACAAUCGGGAUUGUUAAAACCCAAUUAUUUUUUUAAAUUUUUAAAUCCUUGUGCGCCGUUCGUGCGUGUGCCUGUGUCUAAUAGAAAACGCUUAAAAUCAAAGUGAAUGCUACAAAAGGUGGGGACUGGAGUCGGAGGAAUAGCAGCGGGACUUGAAUCCCGCCAUCAUGAACCAGACAAUUGCUCAUUGGCGGCUGCAACUGACUAGUCGACGUAGUUGGACGUCACGGUGGAGCGCCAUCUGCUGUGCAUCGAGCGAGGAGGGGGCGUGCACCGGCGACGUGUUGCAGCAGCCACCGCCAGCGGCGACAUCCAGCAGAGGACCGGAGGCGCAACGUCAGACGUCGUGCUGCUGGUGCCGUUUCUAGAAAAUGCUCAUCUCCCUGGGCGUUGUCGAACGAUGGCAAUCAUCGGUUGCAGAUUCUGCAGCGGCAUCGUCUCCGUCGUUGACGGCCGCCGUGUCGGCAGCGGCUCAUCAGUCGUCGAUCGGUGGCCCUCCGGCCGGCGACGUCAUCCUCAGUGCCGAGAACUUGACUCAGGCGGCCAUCAUCCUCAUCCUGGACGUGGUCAUCAUCUGCUCCAAUCUCCUCAUCAUCGCCACACUCGCCACAGGAUCAGGUGGCGAAGUGAUGAACUAUUACCUAAUCAGUUUGGCUGCCGCCGAUCUCUUGGCCGGAAUUCUGGUGGUGCCUCUCUCCAUUUAUCCAGCGUUGACAGAUAGUUGGCCGUUCGGUGACGUGUUGUGCUCCAUAGCCGGCUACGUUGAGGCGACGUUGUGGGCCGUGUCCGUCUAUUCGUUCAUGUGGAUAUCGGUGGACCGUUAUUUGGCCAUCCGUAAGCCGUUGCGCUACGAAACAGUGCAGACGCCGUCGCGGUGUCAGUGCUGGGUCAUUUUCACGUGGCUGACGUCGAUGCUGGCCUGCUGCCCGCCUCUCCUACAGGGAUCCACCGGCUACGCCAAACCGUACUUUGACCCGGAGGCCUUCGUCUGCCACCUCGACUGGACGGGCAUGGCCGCUUAUUCGGUGACGCUCGUCAUCCUCGUCCUGGGCCCGACCCUGGCCACCGUCGCCUACACCUAUUUUUACAUCUUCAGCUCCAUGCGGAAGAUGCGUAGCUCCUUGCUCCAGCAGGACAAGGAGUACGCCACGGCGCUGAGUGAGAACUUGUCCAAUCCGACGCAUCUCAUGUCCUUCAUCCUCGUCAUGACUUUCUGGCUCUCCUGGCUCCCGUUCAUCUGCCUGACGCUCUACGAGUUCCUGGCCCAGCACCGCAUCGACUCCAUCCCUUUCCUACACUUUACCGUCUUCUGGCUCGGCAUUUGCAACUCGUUUUUCAAGUUGUUCAUCUACGUCGCCAUGAGCCCGCUCUUCCGGCACAAGCUCAGGAUCUUCUGUCUCUCCUAUCUCUGCUGUGGCGCUGCGAAAAGGAAUAACGCCAACGCGAGGAGACCGCUCACUUCCGGAUCGGCUAACAGGAACCAUCAUCCCCAUCACCACCACAAUAACGAAAUCAUCUACAGACGGUGAUUUCAUUCCGUAUUUUUUUUUCUUCAUUUUUGAAUUUACCCGCGCUUAUUUUAGAUAGGAGAAACAAAGGCGCGAAUUUUGAAUUAAAAGCUCCUCCCAAUCUAAUAGAUGGGACGUUUAAUUUUGUAUAAUGGUCGUAGGGAAGACAUUAAAAAAAAAAAGAAAUGGACAGUGUCGAAAAUGAUGACGAUUCUGCUCAGGUUCAUUCAAAUAAAACUUAAAAAAAAAAAAAGAGAGAAGCCAGAUUUACGUAUAUUUGUGGUGUGUAGAACCGUACUAUAUAUAUAUAUAUAUAUAUACAAAUGGGUGUUGCGUAUACUAACAAAAUUAGUAGCCCAAGUCGUUUGACAAUUGUAGACCGGGGAAACAGGGACAGUCUAAAAAUCGUAGCUUUCUUCGAAAUGUGUAGCAGCGUGUACAGCAGCCUAAUAGUUAAGUAUAUAGGCUAAUAAUUAAAAGGACAAUUAUUAUUAUUUUUCUAGAUAAUAUGGGUCCGAUAGAUUCUUGUUUGUAAGUCAUCUGUCUCCCCGAGUAAAACCUUGGUCGAAUUUCUUUUUUAAUCUGUAUUUUUCUUCCAGUAAAAUCAAAUGUUUAUAAUGCUAUAUUUGUAAAGGUAUGAUAUAAAAUAAUCGCGGUCCAUCAUUUUUUUGUUUAGAAUUUUCUUUUUCUGGUUUUCUGAUCCCCAAAACUUCAUUUUGUGGUCAUUGCGUCUGAGACAAAUCAAUAACGCUUAUAUAACGGUAUGAUUCCACACGUCAACAUUAUACCUGUGUAAGCUCUAUAACUGCGUAGAUAUACAUCAAUAAUUAGUAUGUCACAUCUCUAAAAGAAAAAAACAAAAAAUGUAAUAACUAUUCCAAGUAAAAGGACAGCGCGAUCCCCUGCAAAUGACGUCGAAAACGUAGAAAAAUAGAUCAAUAGAUGUCAGUGUUUGUGAUGAAUAAUUAUCGUGUAAUGAUAAAUAUCAAUUCGUGGAUUUAUCGAUCAUUCCUUCACCGUCUGUGAACCGUAACCAAAAUCGUUCUAUAAAUAUAUAUAUACAUUUAUAUACUGUAACUAUUCAUAUGUUUUAGUUUCCUCCAUUUCGCGUUGUGCCAUUUUUAUUGUAGACGUGUCAAUUGAAUUUUUUUGUUUGUAUUUCCCGAUUUUCUCAAAUGAUAUUUUUUAGUCUAUGUUGCGCAUUGGCCAAAAAACAAUUGAAUGUCUGCGUUCCCACCUGCUCGUGCUGAUUAUCACAACCGUCGUCAAACGCUGUCCUGGACGUCUUAUCAUUUUUUGGAAAUGGGGAGGAAGAAUGGGAGUAACAGCUGCUACCUAUUUUCAGUUAUUUCUUAUCGAAAACAUCUGGCAUUCACCGCCUUUUCAGGUUAAAUCAAUAGUUCAGCUGCUAACAAGGUAAAAAAAAAAUUCAGACCAAAAUCCAUUUUUCUUUCAACAAAAGAUACGAUCAUAUCCAGCGACAAUUCAAAUUCCGGUUAAAUAGCUCAUCUCGUUAACAAGUGCAGUGAAAAAGCCUGAAAGGCAGACUACGCCAUAUUGAUUCGACUUAAGUAGAAAAAAAGAAAGAUGAAUUAAAGAUUCAUGCAACAUUUUGGGCCAUUCUUGAACGUCAAAGAAAAGAAACAAUAGAGCUAGACAGAAACAAUCAAUUCAUCAUCAUUGCUCUAGGCAGUCCUUUCUUCUCUAUAACCCAAAAACCAACCCUGCAGCUUUCCACAUACACUCACUGUAUGCUUACACGUAUAUAAAAGUAUUGAUUUUUUUUUUCUUGUUCCCAUCUCGUCCGCAGUUUUCUCCAAACAUUUAAGCGUAUUUAUAGAGGUGUAAUGGGUAGUGCCUGGGCAAGAGAAGAAGAGGAUUAUUCCGCGUUUUAUAUUCCAACUCUUUUGUCUUUUCGUUUUUUUCAUUUGUUGUUUUGUUUCGUUUUUUCGUCUGCUGAAAUGAUUAGCAUCGAUCCCUACGCUCUCUGUAGGCCAACACUACAGAGUGAAAUUGCUAUUCUUUCCGUUGAUGAUGAUUUAUGAUCGUGGUGAUUAUCUGUUUCUGUCUAGUUCUUCGUUUUUUUGUUGAAAAACAAACAAAUGGUGGAAGUUAUUGCGUUGGUUAGUUUUCAUCUUCGAGAAGCGAAAAGGAUUGCUCCAGGCAUAUCUAAAAUGGCGGCUGGAUAAAAAAAAGCAAUUUCAUUUCGAUCGUCGGAUUGUUUCCUUCUUUCUUCGUCUGUAUAUCUGUUUUUAUUUCUCCUUGUCAUAUAGGGAUCGUAUUGCGUAACUAGAAGUAGCUCGGUCGACAACGAAAUCAAUAAAAUCGCAGCCUGGACGUAAGCAAAAAUAUAAAUAACUGAUGGAAAAGCCAAAUUUUUUUUCCCUCUUAAAGAUGCCCUCAUUUAUUUCAAGUUUUUAAAUAAUUCCAGUCACAUUUCAGUUGAUUAAAACCUUGAUUUCAUUGAUGACUACGAUAGAAACAGGCCGUUUUGUAUGGUGGCAUCUGACACUGUUGCUCCAUUCGAAAUGUUUGUUGUUGUGGACAUUUGUUCGUGUGUUUGGUCAUCAAAAAUUGGAACUACCAUACAUUCCCUCUGUAUUAUUUGCUGUCUAUGUUUUUGUAUCAGCAAUGGGCGAUGGUACUUUGAUUUAAACAAGGGCAAUUUAAGUAUACCCGCUAAAAUCCCCCAAGAUGGACGCGAAAAGAAGAGCUCACUAUGGAUAACAGUUAUACAUAUGAUAUUGAAUAUUGCGUGUGUCAUGUACUGUACAUGUCCUACCUGUUGCGAAAAUAAAA